GCCGACGUGACGUGACAGCGUCAGGUUCCCGAUAGGUCAGCCCUCGGUGCUGUGCGGCGAGGAAGAUGGCUGCGUCCAAGGUGAAGCAGGACAUGCCCCCUUCAGGGGGAUACGGCUCGGUGGAUUAUAAAAGGAACCUGCCUCGCCGGGGCUUUAGCGGUUAUACUAUGUUUGCUAUGGGUAUAGGAGUCAUGGUGUAUGGACUUUGGCAAGUUGGCAAGUGCAAUAGAGAAAGGAGGCGACUAUACAUUGAAGAGCUAGAGAGUCGAAUAGCACUGAUGCCUUUAAUCCAGGCAGAAAAUGAUAGGAGGGUGAUACGGACUUUACGAAAAAAUUUGGAAGAGGAGGCCAUUAUUAUGAAAGAUGUCCCAGGCUGGAAGGUUGGAGAAUCUGUUUUUCAUACAACCCGCUGGGUGCCCCCUAUUUUAGAUGAGCUGUACAACCUACGUUCCAAGGAAGAUUUUGAUAAUGAACAACAUGGUUUCAGGUGGUAUGUUUGAACCCCCUCCAUCUUGACUGCAGUUAUAACAUAAAAAAAUAAAACUUUAAUUCAAA